AUGUCCCUGGUCACAGGCCGUAUUCGUGAUUUGCUGCAUCAACCUUCAAUGAACCAGGAAGCUGGCUGUGGAGACUUAGUACCUAGAAAUCCAGCUGAUUGGCGACUGAUUGAAGCUUGUCAAUCUCAGGUUUCGAACCGUACCUGGUUUGGUCUGGACCCUCGAAUCGGACUUGCUGAUGAGGCCUCUACUAUUAAAAACAUUGAUGUGACAGCAAUCCCCCCUUCGGGAUCAUCCAUUAUCGAAGUAGGCAAACAUGGGCUGCCUAGGGGCUACACUACUCAGGAUUCGGACACACAUACAUGA